GACCCGCAGUGUUGGCCCCGUCGUCGCCCGUGCUCCCGACCCCCAUCUCUCGCUCCCUCUCCCGACCCAGCUCUUUUGUCUCGCGCAAACUAGGGUUGAGCGCCGCCGCCGUCUUCCUGGUCGACGGCGAGCUCCCGCCUGUCCGCCGGCCGCACCCAUCCCCGCCUCCCUAUAUCUCCACGGGAACUCGACCCCAUCGCCCUCUCCCUCCGCGGGAGCUCAGCCACAACGACCGGCCGUCGCAGGACACUGGUCCUAUCCCAUGCCGCCGCCUGGACGCCGCGCUGGAGGCUCUCGCGGCCGCCGGGAGCCGGGACGCGUUCCUCCACAACGCCGUGAUCCGGGGCUUCGCUGACUCGGGCCUCCCGGGCAGCGCUCUGGCCGCCUACCGCUCCAUGCUGGCCGCCGUCGCGCGCCUGACCGCUUCACCUUCCCCGUCCUCCUCAAGUGCUGCGCGCGCCCAGGCUCCUCGACGAUGGCCGCGCCGCCGAGUACCAGGCUCGGCAUAACUGUCUGAUCACGUUCUACGCCAGGCUGAACGCUGUCUCAGCAUUGUCGGGGACGCUGAGAGGGUGUUCGAUGGAAUGCCGGCCAGGGGCAUCGUCACGUGGAACUCGAUCGUGGACGGAUACGUGUCCACCAGGGCACUAGGCUCUCGCGCCGCUGGCCUGCUUCAGGAGAUGCACGAGGUGCGGCAUGACAGAGUCGGGAUUAUCCACCACUCUUGCCGUUUGCUUCCUGAAAUAGGCGUUGAUGGAAGGGCAUGGGCUUGGAGGAAGACGCCAAGGUUGGCACCUCUCUUCUUGACAUGUACUGCAAGUGUGGUGCCAUUGCUUCUGACGAAGGUGGCCGCGAUGAUUGAGGAGGUAGAGGGGAUGCUCGGCAUGCCAAUGGAGCAUCUCUGAUGCGCUCCUUGAGCUGGAUCAUUGUCUGCACAGAGACAUCCGCUCCAAGCUCAAGAUGCUCGUCAGCUACGUCGACAACCUCCCUCUAGGGUGAAGAAGUCCGGCAAGAAUGAGAAGGCCGACAUGUCAGAGUUCACAGCGCAGUUGGAUUCCAUUGGGUUUAAGAUAGUCGAGGUCACUGUGGAUGGCAACUGCUUCCUCAGAUUUUGUUCAAAUACUCAUCAUCUUGACAAAAUAGGGGGAUUUUGUAGCUAUCUUUGUUUCACUGUAACCAUUACAUGAUUCAAGAAUCUUCUUUUCUAAACAAUUGUCCAUGGAGAUAAUCAUGAGUGUAAUCAAAUGCAAUGUUUCCACUCUCUAUUUCUACUUUUAGUGUUUUGGAAGACCCUAAGUGGUCGUAGCAAGUCAUUUUAUAGGGGCAUGUAUCGGUCAAAAAGUAAAAGAGUAGUAGUAACUAAAUUGUUGUAGGGUUUAACCUUCAAAUUUUAAGAUGGAAACCCUAAGGAAAAGUCUAUUUUGGUGCCUCAACUAUUAUUGUCUCAGUUUAAUUUGCACCGCAGACUCCAAAACCAUCUAAUGUGCACUCUCAGAUAUGAACCCUUUCUGAUUAUAUCUCAGGGAAGUAUUUGUGCAUGGUGGAGAAAGAAUAUUUGCCAGAGGUUUCCAUUUUCCCCCAAUAUCUAAUAUGUGGGGCCUACUGCUCAGUGGAGAAAGAAUAUUUGCCAGCUAUCUUGCCAAGUAACGCUCGUGAAGCCAAAUUUGGAACAUCCCCAUUCUAAGGAAAAGGCGACAAACUAGUGUGUACUGUAAGCAAUAAACUUUGUAAUUUUGCGCUGAGCAAUAGUUGUCAUUGGCGUUACAACCUUGCUAUAUAAUAGUCACAUCCAUCUCCUUCUGCGACACCAGUCCGGAAGGAAGCCAUACUUCAAACCUGGUCACCAUGGAGUUGGUCUUCGAUGGAGGAGGUGCUGGCGGUGCCAACAACUGGAGGUCCCAAAUCAGGGAAGAGAUCAGAGGCUCUGAUGCAAGCACUGUCACCAGACAAGCCCGAGACAUUGACUGAUCUUCUGAAUGUUGCUGUCAGAUUAGAGAGUCUAAUUUUCGGAGUAGCUGUUAGCGAGGUUGAUUAUAAGUAUAAGCUGUAUACGAGAUUGGAUCAUUUAGAGGGCAUAUCAUCAGAUAAUCAUUUAGAGGACAUUUCAUCAGAUGAUCAUUUUGAGGACAUCUCAUCGGAUGAUCAUUUUGAGGAAAUUUCAUCAGAUUAUCAAAUGCUUGAACCCUCAACUGCGACACUUCUGCGAGGAAUUUUUAGUGAUCCACAGAGUCAAAGCAUUCAGGUACAGAGCAACCUCCACAGGGUGCUAUCUGGUGGUAACACAAAAGCAACAGCGCCUAUAGGAAAUGAAGAGAAGCCUUGCUGUGAUGACAAUGAUAGGAUUAGCGUCCUUCAUGAGAGCAUACUCCAUUGUAUCAUGUCCUUCAUGCCAGCACAGGACGUCGUACGCACAAGCAUGCUAUUCCGAAGAUCACCCCCAUUAUGGACUUCAGCGCCAUGCCUUGAUAUCGAUAUUGAUCACUUUGAUAUGGACAGAGUAAAGUUCAACAAGUUUGCAAAAAGUUUGUUUGAGGGGCGGGGUAAUGCUAAUACAUUGGACAAACUCCGCCUUCACUCUUUUGCCAUUGAUGCAGCCAAGUAUUGGAUCGGUGAUGCUAUCAGACUUCAUAAAGUUAAAUCGAUUGAUUUCACUGAAAAUACAAGAUGGGAAGCUUUUUACUUAGAUCCUGAAGCUAUCAGCUUUAGCUCUAAAUAUCUGCAAACUGUGAAGCUCACUAAUGUUAUAAUAGUCACAUCUGUCUUUGAUCAGCUCAGCCGUGAAUGCGAAUCUUUGGAAAAUCUGCAGUUGGCAGACAGCACUCUUUGUUCUCCUGAGAUUUCAUCAAGUUCAUUGAAGACUCUGGAAAUAAUAAACUGCUUAGUUUUGAAUCAUCUUCUGAUUCGUACUGGCAAGCUGGUCUCGCUAUGCUUCAAGGACACUCGAUGCGGGUGCACUCCAAAAUACAUAGUUCGAACUACAUCAGCAGUAAUCCUAUGUGAUCUUUCAAACGCCAAGAGCAUAGAACUGCCAACACCAGUGAGACAUGUUGCGUUCGAUAGAAUGACUCCAGGGUGCCCAAUGUUCAUCAGUCUGACAAGUCUCAUUCUUGGUGAAUGGUGUCUUUCCAACAAAUUUGCUCCUCUAGCUUGCUUCCUCAAGCACUCUCCUAUGCUUGAGAAUCUUGAUCUGAAGCUCAAGUUUGACUGUGAAGCGCAAAAGCAGCCGCUUCAAAUGGCUGAGGGAAUAUUAUUCCAAGCCAAAAGCCUUAAGAAGGUAACGAUCCACUGCGCCGAAGAGGAGGACAGGCUUCCCGUGUUGAAGGCUAUACUGCUUGCCAAUGCAAGAUGUGUCAAGCACAUCGAUGUCAAGACGUACUAGGAUGCUACGCCAAGCGUUCUUCUGCAUAUGGAAUGCAUCUUUGCAUAGCGCUUUCGCUGUGUGACAUGUGUGAGACCCGAUGUAGCUAGAGAUUUGGUUGUUGAAUGUUGUGUUACAUGGACCUGUAAACAUUUACCGCUGUGCGACUUGUGGGAAACUUGCUUGCUACCAGUUAUCUAAGUUGAUUGAUGAACAUUACAGCUCA